AUGGUGCUGUUUAAACGCAAACCGGUCCAAUACCUCCCACAGACCGUCAUUGAAGAUGAUAGCUCUGAGGUCUGGGUUAUCCCAGAGACAAACGAGGUCUUCACAAGCUAUGAGCCCUACCUCCAGCGAAUGGAUUUCUACAAGCAACGCCGAUUCAUCUGCGAGAUCACCGGUCACUCCGGUUUGACAUUUUUCGAGGCGCUCCGCAGCGAGACCGAGGAGUCCCGUGAAGUGAACAAUACUUUCCCCGAUGCGCUCAGAGAACCUAUCCUGCGCAGAAUUCAGUUCUCGACAGUCUCGAGGGUAGACAGCCUGGUGGACGAAAUUUAUGAAGAAUUUAAAUCAGACUUCUACCCAGGCGAAGCUGUUCUCAUUUUGCUGGAGGAUAGUAGUCGACUCCAUGGUACUAUCAGAGAUAAAGCCAACUUUGCAGAGCAAUUAUAUGCCGACGGAACCAUUAAAACGCCUGCUUUUGCGAGGUACCUGGUCAAGAUUCUAGACCGACAAAAUGAAGAGGCCCUGCUGGAUCAGGACCACAUCACGCGCGAUCGAAAGGCAUUCACCAAGUUGAUGCUGCGCGGUUUCAUCAAAAACAAUGUCACUAGAGAAUCGUGGACCGGGGCUCCUUGGUUGGUCAAACCAUCUGUGGCGGAGACAUACAAAAUUCCAAUCGAGGUACCGAAGCAUCUGCAAUAUGGAGCGAAGGUGGCAGAGAAGAAGGCGAUGAAGAAAGCAGAUCAAGAGGGGUUCUUUGGGUUCUUUUCUUCGCAGCAACUCCCCGAGUUGAAACCCGCAGUAAAGGGACAGAAGUCAAAGCUGUCUGCACAGGAUAUGGCGAAGUCGAGGGAGGCACAGUACCAAGAAUAUCAGCGAUCGCUGAAUGGGAAUCCCUCCUUCCUUUUGCCUUCCAACCCCUUGCGUCCUUCCAAACCGCCAGUGGUCGGUGAUAGGAAGCAUGCCGGAAUUCCAGCCGUGGUCAUCAAGAACGAGUCAAGACCGCCAUCGCCGUUGCCGAUCAAGUAUCCCAUUGAAGAUCUGGACCUUGCUCCUAAUUCCGAAAAACAACACCGACCAACCCUGAAGUUCAUGAUGGUUGGUGACUCUGAAGAUGAAGGCGCAGAGGAUCUUCUACCUGACGAUCUAGAACCGGAAACGGUAGGAUUACUCCUGGAGACUUGGGAUACACUCAAUGUCUAUUGUGAGGUAUUUGAACUCGAUUCUUUCACAUUCGAUGAUUUCAUACAAGCCAUGCGAUUUUCAUCAGAGGAGAUGGACUGCGAGCUUUUCGUUGAAGUGCAUUGCGCCGUCCUUAAAAAACUUGUCAAUUCAUCGAACGAUGAUGGGGCUGUUCAGAUCUCGCUUCCAGAUUUCCCCAUCGAAGAGUCUGAUUCAGAGCAAGAAGAGGAUGAAGAAGAAGAGCAAGAGGAAGAAGCCGGGGAAGAUACUCCGGAGCCGCAGGCAAGACCUGGAAGAAUGACCACCAGAGGGAGCCUGGCUAAAGAAGAGGCUGUCAUCAUCAAAGCACAGGUCGAUGAAGACGAAUCUGAAGAGAAGCGAAUCCACCGUGCUGGUGAGAUGUUUGAGCAAUAUGGGUGGAUCGAUCGUCUCCGCAAGCGUGAUUUCCGGAAUGGUGGAUGGCAGUUGGUAAUAGUCGGACUUUUACAUCAGCUGUCUGUCCGCCCUCGCUCGGAGCAAAUUUGCAACAACAUUCUCAAACAUCUGGCACCUCUCGAUCGCGAGCCUAACCAGGAUACUGUGGAGGAGCAGUAUCGUACCCUCGAUAUUAACAUGCGUACCAAGGUGCUCCAGAUUAUUUGCAUGCUGAGUUUGGAAACCAAGGCCAUCCGGAACUACCUAGAAGAGUGCAGCAACCAGAUGACAGAGUUGCGCAAAGAAAAGAUCGAGUACCAGAAGGCACGCAAAGCAGGUCUCAUCGAACUUCGUCAGCUCCACCAGGAACGCAAGGCCGUUCAGCCCGAGGUUGAGAAGGUCGGAAAGUCACCCACGCCUGUUCCCGAAUUGGACGGCCUGGACGAUUCAAGAAUCGGCUUGGAAGGGGAUUCCGAAUUGGUUGGGGACACAGAGGACGAGGACACUCCUCGACCACGCUCGCUACGUGGCGGAGUUGAUCGGGCUCUGGAGCGUAAACGGAAACAAGAGCUGGAGAAGGAGCGAAAGGAAAUUCUAGCAAAGCAACCGAAGGGAUCCAAGCAAUAUCAGCGUGUCCUGAAAAAGAUCGAUGACCAGAAGGCCAAGAUCGAGAAACUCGAGGAGCAGAUUGAGACAGUGGAGAACAGCCUUCGCGAGACUGACUGCCCCCGGACCCGAUGCCUCGGAUUGGAUCGCUUCUGCAAUCGUUACUGGUGGUUUGAGCGCAAUGCGAUGCCCUAUGAGGGUAUGCCGGAGAGCUCGACUGCCGAGGCAUGCUAUGCCAAUGGUCGCCUAUGGGUGCAAGGCCCAGAUGAAAUGGAGCACGCUGGCUUCAUCGAUGUGACAGAUGAACAACGCAAGCAGUACCAGAAGCAUUUCCAGACCACCCCCGCAGAACGCAAAAAGCACGAAGAGGGGCCUACCCAUGUCUCCAAUGCCCGUGAAUGGGGAUAUUAUGAAGAUCCCGAGUCAAUCAAACAACUGAUAGAGUGGCUGGACUCGCGCGGUAAUCGGGAGUUCAAAUUGCUGAAGGAGCUGCUCCUCCAGCAAGACUAUAUCGCCAAGUACAUGCAGAAUCGCCAGGCGUACCUGGCUGGGACACCUAACAGGGCGGAGUCAGAGGAGAUCCCAGCCAAACGCGUGACCACUCGAACAAAGACCUACGUGGACGUGAACGAAAACGGGCCCCGCUGCCUGCGCUGGAAGAACACGACCGCUUUAUCCGAAAAUGGACAUCUCCAUGUUGACCCUGGCCGACCAGGCAAGCGCAAGCGGGUCUCUGAUGUUGAUACCAGAGUGACUAAGGUAGCCAAACAGGCUAAGCCUUUGCCCCGAACACGCGCCCAGCGCAGGGGUUGA